GGCAUUUCCCAGUGGCUACCUUAGACCUGGAAACCCUGCCGCAGACUCUCUGACAGAUGCUCAGGUACCAUUGUCCUGGCUCCAGGAAGACAGGCUGCACCAGACAAUGCCUAAGUCUAUUUCUUUGCUCAAGCCACUGAGAGCCUGCAGGGUCCUGACCGGGAGUUUGAUGUGGAGAAGGAUGUUGUGAGGGCUGGAGGGGGACUUAAAGCUGUCCUUUGAGCUCACCUGACUCAGAGCCAAACCACCAGGACCUCAUGGUUUUGUAGAGAAGGUGUGUAUGUAUGUGUCCAGUGCCAUACCAUAUACCCUGUUGUUGUUGCAUUAUCUGCAUGGGUGUUUUGUCUUCAUAUAUAUAUAUAUAUAUAUAUAUAUGCUACACAUAUGUAAUGCUUACAGAAGCUAGAAGAGAGCAUUGGAUUCCCUGGAACUGAAGUUACAGAUGUUUGUGAGCUGCCAGCUGGGUGCUGAGAAUUGAAAUAGGGUCCCCUGGAAGAACACUCAGUCCUCUUAACUGCUGAGCCAUCUCUCCAGUUCUCAUACAGUGUUCUUUUUGUUUUUUGCUUGGGGGGGGGGUAUUUAUUUAUUUAUUUAUUUUGGAGAUAAGGUUUAUCUGUGUAAUAGCCUUGGCUUUCCUGGAACUCAUUUUGUAGACCAGGCUGGUCUGGAACUCCCAGAGAUCUGCCUCCUUCUGCCAAAGUGUUGGGAUUAAAGCCAUGUGUCACCACAGCCUGGCUACCUCGUUUGUUUGAGGCAGCGUCUCUCAUUGGCCUAGAGCCAGCUCAAAGAGAUCUGCCUUUCUCUACCUCCGCAGCGCUGGGACUAUAAAUGGACACCACGAUGUCCAGCUUUGUAUGCAGAUCCUGGAAGCUCAAACCCAGGUCCUCAUGGGAAUACAAUAACCGCUUUCCCACUGGAGCCUAUCUCCCAGUCUGUAGGGAAGGCUUGGUGGGGAUGUAACCUCAUCUUUGUGUCCACACAGUUACUUCGGCAACUGUGACAGUCAAGCAAGCGAGCGAGUGGCUGGAACAUAGACGGUGUGGCCCACGGAUGUAAAGGCUUGUCACGGGAGGGAGCGCUGAGCCCUAAUGUAAGUUAGCAUGGGGUUGGGCUUAAAGAUCCCAGGGAGCUCUGCCUGCAAUGUCACAUUGCGACACACCCAGCUCCCUCCAAGUACAAAGCUCUGCUGGCUCUAGACCUCACAACUAUCUCCUGAACCAAUUUGGUUGCUUGCUAUCCUUCCCUUCGAAGCGACCCUACCUGUCCUUCAGGGACUCCACUGUGCAUCAACAGAGGUACCUCCCCCCUCUGAUCAGACUCAGCUAUGCUCUAAAGUUGACUCCGGUUCCUUGGAACCCUGAGUGGGCAAUGGUCUCACUCAGUAUUUGCCAUCCGGGAGGGCCCUAUCUCAUUUCACAGGGAGGUGCCCAGGCAGCGGGUGGAGGCCAGGGCUGGGACCUCUUUGCUGGCUACUCUCAUCUUGCCUCUCACAUCUUUUUCCUCUAAGCUGCGGGGAAGCUGUCAUGCCUUACCUGCAUCGGUCCCUGAGGCCACAGCCACAGCCAGUCCCCGGGGAUGCCAGGACUAUCCACUCCUCAGGUCAGAGCUUUGAGCAGCUGAGGCAGGGCUGCCUGCAGUCUGGCACCUUGUUUGAGGAUGCUGACUUCCCUGCCAGCAAUGUCUCCCUGUUCUACAGCGAGAGGCCCCAGGUCCCCUUUGUGUGGAAACGGCCAGGGGAAAUUGUGGAAAAACCAGAAUUCAUUCUUGGAGGGGCCACCAGGACCGACAUUUGCCAAGGGGAGCUGGGAGACUGCUGGCUCCUGGCGGCCAUUGCCUCCCUAACCCUCAAUCAGAAAGCACUGACCAGGGUGGUUCCCCAGGACCAAGGAUUUGGUUCUGGCUAUGCCGGGAUAUUUCAUUUCCAGUUCUGGCAGCACAGUGAGUGGCUGGACGUAGUGAUUGAUGACCGCCUGCCCACCUUCAAGGACCGCCUGGUCUUCCUCCACUCUGCUGAUCACAAUGAGUUCUGGAGCGCACUGCUGGAGAAAGCCUAUGCCAAGCUUAACGGGAGUUAUGAGGCACUGAAGGGAGGCAGUGCCAUUGAAGCCAUGGAAGACUUCACUGGGGGUGUGGCUGAGAACUUCCAAAUCCGAGAGGCACCAGAGGAUUUCUUUGAGAUUCUGGAGAAGGCUUUGAAGCGUGGUUCCUUGCUGGGAUGCUCCAUAGAUACCCUGAAUGCCUCAGAAUCUGAAGCUCGAACAUCUCUUGGUCUCAUUAAGGGCCAUGCCUACACCGUGACGGGGCUCGAUCAGGUAAACUUCCAUGGCCAGAGAAUCAAGCUCAUCAGAGUCCGUAACCCUUGGGGCCAGGUGGAGUGGAACGGGCCAUGGAGUGACAGCUCUCCUGAGUGGCGCUCUGUGGACCUGGAGGAGCAGAAGCGCCUGGGCCACACUGCCCUUGAUGACGGGGAGUUCUGGAUGGCAUUCAAAGACUUCAAGAUCCAUUUUGACAAAGUGGAGAUCUGCAACCUCACACCUGAUGCCCUGGAGGACAGCGCCCUCCACAGGUGGGAGGUGACCAUCCACCAAGGAAGCUGGGUCCGUGGCUCCACUGCUGGUGGCUGUCGCAACUUCCUGGACACCUUCUGGACCAACCCUCAGAUAAAGCUGUCCCUGACCGAGAGGGACGAGGGCCAGGAGGGCUGCACUUUCCUAGCAGCCUUGAUGCAGAAAGACCGCAGGAGGCUCAAGAGGUUUGGCGCCAACAUGCUGACCAUUGGCUACGCCAUUUACCAGUGCCCAGACAAGGACGGACACCUGAGUAGGGACUUUUUCAGGUACCAUGCCUCCCUGGCCCGAAGCAAGACGUUCAUCAACUUGAGAGAAGUCUCAGAGCGAUUCCAGCUGCCCCCGGGAGACUAUAUCCUCAUCCCCAGCACCUUUGAGCCGCAUCAGGAGGCCGACUUCUGCCUGAGAAUCUUCUCUGAGAAGAGAGCUGUGACUCGGGACCUGGACGAGAACAUAGACAUUGACCUUCCUGAGCUUCCAAAGCCGACUCCACAGGAGGAGGAAACAGAAGAGGAACAGCAGUUCCGGGCCCUGUUCCAGCGAGUUGCUGGCGAGGACAUGGAGGUGUCAGCUGAGGAGCUUGAAUAUGUUCUAAAUGCUGUUCUGCAGAAGAAAACAGCCCUCAAGUUCAAGAGGCUGAGCCUGCUGUCCUGCAGAAACAUCAUCUCUCUGAUGGAUACCAGUGGCAACGGGAAGCUGGAGUUUGAAGAGUUCCGGGUCUUCUGGGACAAGCUGAAACACUGGAUGAAGGCAGCUGUCACCCCUGGGCAGCUGCCAGCUGCCACUGGUCCCUGGGCUCUGACUUCUCCAUGCUCUACUCCCUGGUCCCAGGACCUGUUUCUCCAGUUCGAUGUGGACAAGUCUGGCACCAUGUCUUCCUAUGAGCUGCGGACGGCACUGAAAGCUGCAGGCUUUCAGCUGGGUGGCCAUCUCCUGCAGCUGAUUGUCCUCAGGUAUGCAGAUGAGGACCUCCAGCUGGAUUUCGAUGACUACCUCAACUGCCUGGUGCGGCUGGAGAAUGCAAGCCGGGUGUUCCAAUCUCUCAGUGUGAAGAACAAGGACUUCAUCCAUCUCAACAUAAACGAGUUCAUCAGCCUGACCAUGAACAUCUGAGGUUGCUCUGACCCGAUGCCGUCUGCCCCUCUGAUACUCAGCUUCUGGAUCAUGAACCUCGAAACUUUUUUUUAGAGGGCUGCCCCGCCCACUGCUCUCUCUCCUCCCGGCCUCACACCACCCUCCUCCCCUCUCCAUAGUGAGUUAGAAGAAUCUAAAGGGAUUGGCUGAGUUCUCUGAUUCUGUGGAACUUCUUAUAAAAUCAUUGCUCUACAAGAACCUA